UCUCGGUCUUGCCUUUAAAGAAGAAAGACAGUAGUUCAGAAUUAGCAAACACUAUAACUGUAGAGGAACAAAAAGAUAUGGAGGAGAAAGAGUAUGCGGGUCACGUUGUACUGAUCCCAUAUCCGAGCCAAGGCCAUAUCAACCCUGUCCUCCAAUUUGCAAAACGAUUAGCCUCCAAAGGAGUCCUGGCCACCUUAGCUACAACGUGCUAUACAACCAAGUCUAUCUGUGCACCAAACGUCGGCGUCGAGCCCAUUUCCGAUGGCUUCGACGUGGGUGGCUUUGCGCAGGCGCAAAACGAGGACCUAUAUCUAAAGUCAUUCAAGGCGAAUGGCUCAAGAACCCUAUCUGAACUCAUUCAUAAAUACCAAGAAUCGAGCUCUCCUGUCACUUGUGUUGUUUAUGAUUCGUUUCUGCCAUGGGCGCUUGAUGUUGCUAAGCAACAUGGUAUUUACGGGGCCUCCUUCUUCACCAAUUCGGCCACUGUAUGCCAUAUAUUCUGUCUCAAACACCUGGGCAUCCUUUCCCUGCCGGUAAAUCUGGAAAACGAACCUUUGUUGGUUCCUGGCCUUCCUCCUUUGAACUUGGCUGACCUGCCAAGUUUUCUUAAGUUUCCAGAAAGUUACCCAGCCUACAUGGCCAUGAAAUUGAAUCAGUAUUCCAACUUGCACAUGGCUGAUUGGAUAUUUUGCAACAGUUUCGAAGAAUUAGAAGGCGAGGCGGCGGAAAGCAUAUCAGAGCUGUGGCCAGCAAAGUUGAUUGGUCCAAUGGCUCCAUCGGCUUAUUUGGAUGGGAGAAUUGAAGAUGAUAAAGGAUACGGUGCAAGUCUGUGGGAGCCACUGAGCAAAGAGUGCAUCAAAUGGCUAGAAACAAAGCCACCUAGGUCAGUAGUUUAUGUCUCCUUCGGAAGCAUGGUCUCCUUGACAGCAGAACAGAUGGAGGAGAUAGCUCGGGGCCUGCAGGAGUGUAGCUCGCAUUUCCUCUGGGUCGUGAAAGAAUCGGAGCAAUCUAAAUUACCUGAAGGGUUCGUCGAGUACACAGCAAAAGAAAAGGGUUUGCUGGUGACAUGGUGCAACCAACUAGAAAUGCUGGCGCACCAAGCCGUAGGUUGCUUUGUAACACACUGUGGGUGGAACUCAACCCUCGAAGGGCUUAGCCUUGGAGUGCCGAUGGUGGGAGUGCCUCAGUGGGCUGACCAAUUGACUGAUGCCAAGUUUGUGGGGGAGAUUUGGGGGGUGGGGCUCAGAGCCAAGGAGGAUGAGAAGGGAGUCGUGAGAAAAGAAGAAUUUGUAAUGUGUUUGAAGGUGGUAAUGGAGGGAGAGAGAAGCCAUGAGAUUAAGAAAAAUGCUAGGAAAUGGAGUGAGUUGGCUAAAAAAUCAGUCAGUGAAGGAGGGAGCUCUGACAAGCGUAUUAAUGAAUUUGUGGAGCAGUUGAUGUUACGUGCCAUCAACUCGAAAGGUCAUCAACUCAUGGCCGCCAUGUAGAUUAGAGAACUGGACUUGUACGUGUGUUUGUGUCUGAAUCGUCGAGUACUUCUGGAAAGUGAAUUAAUAUGUUAGUUGUUGGCCCUGCA